UGGAACGAAUCUUCCAACUUGUUAUUCCUAAUUCAAGGCUUUGUAUACAAGGAAGAUUUCAAUUUAAUAUCCCAGACCAUCAGGGAUAUGUUGACGUUGAGGGCUCGAAAUACGUUGAUCAAGGACGCAUUGAGAGAAAUUUUAAAUUCGACUAAAUACGAAUCGAGAGAUGUGGUAAAAUACACGUACACCGAAAAAAAUUAUUUCGAAGCAGCGAAUCAGGAAUAUUGGGGGACGGUGAAACGACCGAAAUAUGUUUACGAUAAAAAAGUCGUGAGGCAGUUACAAAAUUUUUAUAAGCAAAUCAGAUGCCCCGAGGAUGAAGUGUUUUGGAAUUAUUCGGUGGAACAUUUACGGAGGAUCGCGAGGAAAAGGGACGUUAUGGAUUUUAUAGAAAAACUUUAUAAAAAAUGCGAAAAAGGACAAAGACGAGCGAGAUAUCUGCACGACAUGUAUUCGGCGUCCAAUGUAGGCGUUGAAGACAUUCAAAAAAAUGAACAACUAGAAUCGUCAAGUUCUCCGUAUUCAUCUAUAGGUAACCAAAUGUUGAUCAACAAAAGCCAAUCGCAAGUGGUUCCCAAACUAGAAACUAACUACGAAACUUUAAACAAACUAUUAGAGAAAUUAGAGCGAUCGGUUAUGAUAAAAAACACCGAUAGGGAAAAAUUCGCUACAGCUUAUUUCAUCCUCAGAUAUUAUUUUCUAAAAAUUGCCGACGAGUUGUCAGGCGAUUCGGCAUCGUUUUUAUCAUUAUUGAAUUUGAAAGCCCCGACGAAAAUUGAGGAAACGCCGGAGAGGAUGCUGUUCGAAAAAUUCGACCCCAUUUGGGUGGAAAGAAAAAGAAGAUUGCCGCCGAUCGACGUUGGGGGGCUCCCACUUAGCAAACCUAAGCCUAAAGUCUUAGAAGGCGUCCCAUUGGACAAACCUCAGCUGGUGUACGACAGGUACUUCAAAAAAUCAGCGCCCGCCAAAGGUAAAAAGGAAAAAACGGAAAAAGAAAAUAUUCAGAAGGACAAAAAGAAGAAGAACAAGGAUGCUGUUACGAAAUCUCUGGUCAACGUCGUUAACGGAAAUUUUGACCCUUUUGCCGAUUUUGUUGUACCAGUAAAUUCCCAAACGAUGGAGAAGGAUAAAUCGAGCGUUUCGCAAGCAACAGUGUCUUCUGGUUCAAUCAAAAUACCCCAGUCGACGACUUUAAGUUACUACGACAAAUAUUUGAUCGUUUAUACUAACCUUGCAGCAGCUGUUGAUUCAAUGGUAUCAGCUUUAGAAACGAUGAAAGACAAUACCAUAGAUACGCAAAUUCUAAGCGAAUUAACAAAUUGCAACAUUGUAAAUUUGAUCACAGAUUAUAAUCGAUGUUCUGUAUCUACCGAAAAAAGCGAGGAAGACAAAGACACCAACCUACGAGAACCAGAUGAAUAUUUCGAAUAUUUAAUGAAAACACAUCUCACCGAUAAUAUAAAUAUCCAAGACUAUUUCAUUAAUGGAGAAACUCUCCCAAUUGUGGCAGAUAUAACCGAAGAAACGGACACUAUUAUAAAACCAAUAGAAUCGUUUCAUUUAUUCCAACUGACUGAUGGACAAUCAGACACUUCUGCAGACGUCAAAUCAGGAGAAAUGCAAACUAGUAUCAAUUACGAUGACGAUUUCAAACCGUUUUCUAAUAUACUAAUAGAAGAUGAAUUGCUAUCAGAACGUGUACAAUCAGAACAGGAAGCUAACCAAUCAGAGCACGAAGAAGAAGAAGUGUCCAGUGAAAUAUUUUAUUAUAUUGAAAAUGGGUUAUAAUUUUAUUCAAUAAAUA